AUGGAAGGACCUGAAACGAGCUUGGUUGAAGUAAGAGAAGAGCUCAUGGUUUCCCCAGGUUGCGAAACCCUAAACCCUUGUUCAAAAACAGCCCAUUUUCUCAAACCCAUUUCCGGUUCCCUCGAAACCGAACUUCCCAGGCUUCCUUCGCAACGCCUUUCGAAUCUGGAACAAUCUUCUUCUGAACCCAAAGAUCUGCCUUUAAGUAUCGGUUUCCAUGGGUGGAGAUGCAGGGCAAGUAAUUGGUCCAUCUGGGUUGACAAGAUGAGGGUUUUGCACGAACCGACUUGGAAGAAAGCUGGAAUCUUCGAAGCCAUCUUGAAUUCGACUUACCAGAUUAAGCGAAACAUUACUUUAGUUCUUGGGCUAGCUGAGAAAUGGUGUUGCGAAACCAAAAGUUUCAUCUUAUCUUGGGGUGAAGCCAGUGUUACACUCGAAGAUGUGAUGAUUCUUGGUGGGUUUUCUGUUUUGGGUUCCCCUGUUUUCGCCCCGCUGGAAACCGAAGAAUCGAAGGAAGUCGAAGAGACUUUAAAGAGUGCGAGGAUCGAAAUCGUGAGAAGCAAAGCUAAAAAGGCCUGCCCUCAUUUGUGGAUGCAGAGAUUCAUGGACAAUGGCAGCGAAUUCGAGCACGAAGCAUUUCUCGCCUUUUGGCUUUCGAGGUACGUUUUCACCAAUGCGCACGAAACAAUUAGGGAGCAUGUUUUUUCCACUGCAGUUCAUUUAGCUAGAGGGACAAGACUUGCUUUAGCACCUGCUGUGCUCGCUAGUAUUUAUAGAGACUUGUGUUUGUUGAAAGAUGCAAUCACUGCUUCCACCAAAAUGGAGAAAGAUGAGGUGUUCAAGCUUACCCUUUGGUCACCUUUUCAAUUAGUUCAGGUUUGGGCUUGGGAGAGAUUUACAGAGCUGAGACCUCAACCGAAUCCGAUAGCAAAAGGUGAGCCGAGGCUGGUUCAAUGGCAUGAUGUGAGCUUCAAGGUUGAGAAAGUGAGGUUAGCUCUAGAGUCAGCUAGUGGAAGUUUCGAAUGGCGUCCUUAUACCGUGCAGAUCGAUAACUGGAAACAACCUAAGUUUUAUAGAGAGAAUGAAGUUUGUAUAUGGACCACCGCGCGUCUUGAUAAAGAACUAGAGUCCUUCGUUCGAUGCUUGAAGGUUAGUGAGCUAGUGGGACUUGAUUGCAUAGAACAGUACCUUCCUCAUCGAGUUGCAAGGCAGUUUGGAAUGGAUCAGGAUAUUCCUGGUUGUGUUCCCCAAUCACAAAAUUUGACUCAUGAGAUUGCCUGGCUUAAUUACUGUGAAUCACUUACUGGUGUAAAAUUAUACAUUCCAUCCCGGCUCUAUAAAGCUGGUGUUACAGCGCGGUACUUGAAGUGGUGGAAGGAUUCGGUUUUGGAGAGCAAAGGCACAGCGAAGGGUUUGAAGAAAUCAGCAAAGAAUCCUAAAGGGAAGCGAGGGGAAAGUUCUUCUGGUUGUUCUGGCUUUCAUCAGAAAAUAGAGAGUUUCCAUGGAAAGAUGGAAGCUAAUGAUACAUCAGUUUCUCCCAAUUGUGCCGUGAAGAUCUCAAAGAAACAAGGAGACCGUGUCAACAAGACUAAGAAAUCAAAGAGUGUAUCCCAGAUUUUGGAAGAAAAGCAAGUUCACGACAAUGACUCUACUUCUCCUGCCUCUUGCAGAAAGAGCUCUAAGAAAUCAGUGAAGAAUCCGAAAGGAAACAAAAAUGGCAAGGAAGAAUCUUCUUCUCCCGAUGUUCCUCUUGGAAGUUCGAAAGAAUUAGCACAAACUUUGAAAAGAAAGAAGAGAGACAACAGCUAUUAUGCUUCUCCCGAUGUUCAUUUGAGAAACUCGAAAGAAUCAGUUCAGACUUUGAAAAGAAAGAAGAGAGACGACAGUGAUUCGGCUUCUCCCGGUUUGAGUAAAAAAUGCAUGAAAAAGUCCACGAAGAAAUCUGAAGGAAUAAAGAAAGAUACUCCUGUGUCUGCCUCUUCUAAACAUGCUUUUGGAAGCUCCAAAAGACCAGCAUUGGCUAUGAAAUAUAAGGAGGAAGGUAGCAACGAUGUUGUCUCUCAUGUUUUACCUUCAGCGAGUGCAAUAGGAUCACCAUGUACCCUAGAAAGAAAGAACGGAAAUAGUUCCUCCGACCCUAUCAGUCUUGAGCGCAACUUUAAUGGAAAGGAAGCUGAGGAUUCUACCGAGGAUUAUAACCCAACUAUCUCAGAAAUGUUGAGAUCCUGCAAGAAGCGUCGCAAUAUUAUAACAGAAGAUUCUGACGAUGAUGGAAACCCAUCAGGCCAUUCUCAAGGUCAUUCUUCAACGAUUGCAGACGACGAAGUUGUUAAAUAUUUUGAGCCGUUGGCAAUGUUGGCAGAAAAGGUCAUCGAGGACGAAGCCUCUCUAAGAGUAGGGGAAACUUUCAAAGGUCCCCACAAAGAACAAAGAGAACUAGAGAUGGUGCAGGAAGAAGUUGCGAUGGGAGAAUCAGAAAGAACAACAGAACACGAAAAGGAGGACAACCCCGAACAACCAGUUCACGAGAUGCCAAGCAUCAACGGUGUAGAAAGAGAGUGCAGUUGCUAUGCGGUCGACAUACCGGGAUUAACACUCGAAGCUCGGAUUAGCAGGCUUGAGAAACUGGUUGAAGAGCUAAAAGCAAUGAGAUCUGCUUGCAAGUAG